AUGGGAAUCAAUAUUCCGGUCAAAUUGGAGACCUCGCAGACGAUUGGAAAUGAGAUAAACUUCCGCUCCCGACCGUUCGUGUUCAAUGGAAUCUGGGUAAAAGUGGUUGGCACAAUGAAUACGGAAACGCUCGACGGACGUGUUCGAUUCGAGAGAUUUCAACGUGAGACUCGUGUGCCACGUGUGAUUUCACAACUAACUGACAUCAAGCGAAUUCCAGAAGUUGAAGAGGAGACGAUCGGACUGACGGAAGCGGAAAUGGCGGCAUUGAGGAGAGAGGGAUUGAAUAUUUGA